CAUAAAUACAUACAACAUACUUAUAAUUCAAGAGAAAUCCACAAGCUUUCCAUUUAUACAAUCCACGAAUAUCCCAACUUCAUUCUUAUACAAUAAUAUACAUGUAAUACAUAAACAAUUAAUAAUGAAGCUGAAUAAAGUUUGUUUUGCCCAGCCCGGCCAUGUGAAAUUCAUAAAGAGUCGCAAGGCUUUCCCCGUGGUAGUCAGUGCCAAGCGCUUUGAUGCCAUAAUGGACAGGUCCCGCAUGGAAAAAAAGCAUGCAGCCCUGGCCGCAGAGGAAGAAGAGAAACGUUACAUGAAUUACCUGAAGGAAGGCAGUGAUUGGCUGUGCAGCCGUUUUACAAAGAUGUCGCACCAGGACUUGGAUAAGGAAAAGCAGGCGAAACUUGAUCAGGAACUGAAGGAAGCUGCAAUCAGGGAAAAGCAGGUUAAAUAUGAGGAUGAUUUGAACCGGAAAAAACGCAUCUUUCGGGCUAAUCGAAUAUUGGAGAACAUGAAGGAGAACCAAAGAGCAUUGCACCGUGCAGUGGUCGAGAGUGAAGUGAUAUAUCAAAGAAAAUACAACGAGGCUGUUGACCGUGAAAUUGCCGAAGACGCUCGGCGUCAGAAGCGUCUGGAAGAUGAGAUCUGCCCAGAAGUCUUGAUACCACUCUCCAAUAUAACAGAGGAGCAGCUUAAAGCUCAGGAAAAGGCGAAGGCGAUGAUUAUGCGCGCCGAAUUCCUAAAGGACUGCAAAGAGAGACGCGAGAGGAAAUUAGCCGAAAAAGAGCAAGAGGAAUGCGAUGUUCUCAUCGAGCGUGCGCAGUACCAAUGCCUGUACGAGAAGGAACAGAAGGAAGCCAAGGAGCGGGCCGAAAAGAAGCGCGAAUUUUGCCGUCGUGCCUAUAAAGAUGCGCUCAAGGAAAAGGCAGCGAUCAAAGAAUACGAACGCAUAUGCGAUAAAAUUACCGAUCGCAUCAUCUGUGCUGAUGUGACUAGACGCCGCACUCUGGACACGCGCUACAAUAAAGAUUUUAAGGCGAAUUUAGCGAAGAGAAUACGCGAUCGGGAGAAUCGGGCUAUACAAAUCUGCCGCCUCCAUCAGGAAAACAAACGCCAGGCCCAGGAUCAUGAGAGGCAAGUAGGGGAGCAAUAUGAUACAGAGGUGCUGAUGGACGAGGGGCGUCGCCAAUGUGAGAUAAAUGAGCUGUCAAGGCAGCGUCGUGCCUACGAGCUGGAAGAACGCAGGCAGGCUGAGAAGCGACGUGAACGGGAUGCAGAGAUUCGCCGCUUUCAAGUUGCUAAUCGACUCAAGAACAUGGAGACCAACAGAAGAUUCUGUGCAACGCAGAAACGUCAUAAGGAUCAAGCAACUGCCAAUUUACGGGGCAUACUCUUUGGUCAACGGGAUGAUUUCUUGGAACGACGUCAGCGGGAGCUAAUGCAGAUAUCUUCUUGCCAAGCGGAUCCUUACAUAAAAGAGGACGCGAUGUUCUUUGAUGAUGCGCUCAAGGCAGUUGUGCAUGCGCGCAAAACGGGACGUCCUGUUUUCCCGAUGGCUAAGGCUGUGGAGAUCUACACACGCAAGAACCAAAUCGAUAAGGUUCCCGAGAGUCGUAUGGUGGGCAGGAGCAGAAUACGCGACUAUUGCUGGCCUGGAUACCAUUCCAAGGCUGAUUUGGCGUACAAAACUUACGCUCAAAGGGAAAAGUGCCGCGAGGAUCUGCAGUAUGAACGCAAUCAGAUAUUUGACAAGUGUAUAAAAAUCACUAAAAUUGCUGCCGAAGAGCAGCCGUAUAAAAAGUGCGAGCUGGAGUGUCCCAUGAAGUGCUUUCAGCAUCGCGGCAUGCCUGCCGUCGAAAGUAUCGAUUCCUUUGAAUGUGGAAGCAAUGUCUGCUACGAGGAGGAUCUUCAGCCUGGUCAGUGUCCAAUUGCUAUGCAGGUUGCGGAAAAUUGUGACGAGAGUCUUCGAUCGAAUAGGUCGGCAGAUUCAAUAGAGGCACAUUGGAGCUCUCCGGACUUAAAAGAAAGCCCAUUAAGUAGCGCAAGCUCGAUGAAAACUUUAGGUGGAGUUCAUCGAUGCAGUUCAAAUGAAAAAUUCAGCAAAACAGCCGAUCGUAAGCGUAUUUGGCGUUAAAAUUCUAGGAUCUAAUCAGCGAAAUGUAAUGAGCUAGCUUACAAUGAUUAUGCUUAGUUUCUAUAGUUUGAGCGAGUCGCCCUAUUAAUAAUUGUCAAUUGAAAGAAUUUGUCAAAUAACUGUUCUAAGAAGUUGCGAGAAUAUAG